CCAGGCACGCACACCGAGUCCAGCUCCGUAGCCGAUGCACCAGCAGCUAGCAAGGCUGCGGCUGGGGUGGGCCGCAGGAACACGCUCAGCAGCGGGCCCGGUGACAGGUCAGCGCGCAAUCAACAGUCAACACGAGGGCUGACGAAAUACCACGGCCUCGUGCACGAAUUUGAUGGGCUCUCACGCGACAUGCAGGACAGCAUCGCGCAAUUGCAUGUUGAUACUACGAAUCUGUCAGGCGCAUCGAAUGACGGCGAUAUGGCGGGGUCGCCAUUCCUGCGCAAGGCUAUCCCGAAUCCGUUCAAGAGCGCCGAUAGCACCAUGCGGUCUGUCAGCCAGUCCGAUUCGGAUGCGCCAGCGCAGCCUGCAGGCAUGCUGCGACCAGCCAGCAGCAAAAAGGUAGCAGCCAGUCCCAAGGCCCUGUCCAAGCCCCAGUCGUCUGCCAUCGCAGCCGACGGAGAGAAGCGCAGUCUGCACAGCCUGGAGGAAGCGUUCAAGGGGCUGGUUAUCGACUCGCAUCCUGACACUCCGCAGCAGAUCAGCUACUACUCGCCCAAUAUGACCUCGCUGCCAGCGGGGCAUAUCCGCGAUGCCGCCCCCGGCCUCGACAGCGAGCGCGAGCGGCCCCUGCCCAUGCCGAUGUCGAUUCCGCGGUCGAGCUCCAGCACAACCCGCGGUCCCUCGCGGCCCCAGCGUACCCGUCCUGACGACGUCUUCGAAGCAGUGCCGCCAGGCUGGUGCGCGCGGCAAGUCGCAGCCCACGGCCAACAUGGCGCUGUACAGCCCCGCCGCUCCACGAGCAGCCACACCGCAGCCGCCCACACAGACUUUCGUCGCGCAGCCCGACAUGACGCACCAUCCGGUGCCGAUGCUGACACCCCGGCGUACGAGCCACAUGCAGAUUGCGCACCGGAGCCAGAGCCAGAGCCCCGACUCGCAGCACAGCGACUAUACGGCAGGCACGCGGCGGCUCGAGGCACUGCUGGGCAUGGGCGAUUCGGGCAGAGCGUCGCCGCGGUCGACACCCAACACGCCGUCUCCCGGCGUCUCCAGGAUCAUGCAGGAAAGCAGCCAGCCGGUGGACCUGCGGGAUGGCCGGUCAGCUAGUGAGUCACGCCGCCGCAGGCAGCAGCACCAGCAGCAGCACCAGCAAACGGGGCGCAGGCACCAGGACAGCUUGAGAUCCAACUUCCCGCCGUUUUCGUUCAUUAUGCCCAGGAACAAGACUGACAUUCCUGUGGGCGAGCCGAUGGCGAACUCGCCGGGGAGCCGGGGAGUAGCAGGCACGUCGUCGCCCCCGUCACGGUCAGAGAUGG